AUAAUUCCUCUUGGAAACGGCUUCAGAUAUGAGUUCCCAGUAACAAAGCCUCUCGUACAUUUGUUUUUAUCUUGCUUGCUACAGUCAGAUGAACCUAUAUAGGAAUUGUAGUCAAUCAAGCUUUACCAUACGACAUAGCAAUGGCAUAGAUAAUAUACAUGUUAUGUUUUUUCUAGUUGGUCGUUUUAGUUGUACCUUAAACGGAGUUGCGCAAUCUGACAACAUCAACAACCCGACCUAGGCUAGGGUCUCAAACACUGGCUUGCUAGCUAACAGUGUUUACAUUUUUAAUUACCGUUAUUCAACCAAGCAAUUGCCUAUAAUCCAACGUUAAUCUCACACUUCAGUUCAACAAAUUUAACUGAGCUUGCUAAGUGGCAUUUCACCAUCCUGGUCUUCUAACCCUCCCUGGCUCCUCCUUUUCACUACUUUCUUGUCCUAGUCCUGUGCACUAUGACCAUGCGUGUGGAUGCCAAAGUAGUUAUGCUUGGGAAGGAGAGUGUGGGCAAGACCAGCCUUGUUGAGAGAUAUGUCCACCAUCGCUUCCUCGUCGGCCCCUACCAGAACACUAUCGGGGCAGCGUUUGUUGCCAAACCAAUCCAGGUGGCGGACAAGGUAGUUACUCUGGGAAUAUGGGAUACAGCUGGAUCAGAGCGCUAUGAAGCUAUGAGUAGGAUCUAUUACAGAGGAGCCAGGGCUGCUAUUGUUUGCUAUGAUUUGACUGAUACCAGCAGUUUCCAGCGAGCUAAAUUCUGGGUGAACGAGUUGCAGAACUGUGAAGAGCACUGCAAGAUAUAUCUCUGUGGCACAAAGCUGGACCUGAUUGAGAGUGAUCGGGGCCUGCGGCAGGUGGAUUACCAUGAUGUUCAGGACUUUGCCGAUGAGAUUGGGGCAACGCAUUUUGAAACAUCAAGUAAAACAGGCAGCAAAGUAGACGAGUUGUUUGAAAAGGUUGCGGAAGACUACAACAGCAUCUCCUUCCAAUUCAUGACCGAAGAGACAGGUAUCGACUUGGGUCAGAAGAAGGACUCUUAUUUCUAUACCUGCUGCCACAGUUAAGCCUUUACUGAAUGAACAGAGAUCACUUGCCAUUAAACCGAGGUCCUGGAGGUCCUGGGUGGAUGCUACACAUCCUAUCCAGUCGGAGCCAUUUCAAAACAGAGAAAGAAGAGUCCAAGCAGUGCUGUUCGUUACUUCGGUUGCUUUUUUCAGUUCUGCCAUAGAAGGUUACAUGCUCACUACACCUGAGAGUGCUCAGAAUGGUUGGACCUCCCCUCUCCCAACAGAACACACCACCUGAUAUUGGAAUUGAGAUGGGGAAAUAGCACCUCAGUCCCACUUCAAAAAUCUUUGUUUUCCUAAGUGUGUAUAAAUCUACUUUAUAUAAAUCAAUUAUGCCAAUGAUAUGUAGGUCAUUAUCCUGUAGUCAAAUGCCUUCAGCGAGUAUGCUAAGUUUUAAUGACUUGAUUUUAAUUUGUGUUUUCAGGGUUUCGGGACCGCAAACACUAUUGACACUGUCUACUCUGAAAUGUUCUUGCCAUACUGUGUACCUGCACAUGUGUUGUAAAAUUCUUUUUUUAUUUGAGUCAUAAGCUCUGAUACAAGUAUAGGACACAACUAAAACGCUUGCACCAACACAGGAAAAGGCUUGUGGGUAAACGGUGUAAUUUGAUACUUAUGUUGACAUAUCUGAAAGUACCAGGCAAAGCUAUUGGGAGAUUCAGAGAAACCCUGUAUGUAGCUACGUAUGUGUAGCUAAUGCACAGUCAAACAACCGUCAAGUCACUAAUUCGUUACAGACGCCUCAUCACUGUGGCCGACCUACAUACACAAUGAGUCGUUGCAAUGUUCAGUGAAUGUAUUGUUAAUGUUUACAGUUUAAGACACCUUUGACCUUUCAAGACAGCCGAUCCAAAGGCUGCAUUUUACUUGAUUAUGCCAAUGUGUGAAACAUUGUUUAGUUAGACCUAUGAAAUUUGAGUGCAAAACAAAAACAGACUGAAAAAAAAUGAAAUGAGGGAAACAGCUGUAUAUACAAGACUCCAUUCAAUUGUACCUUCACUUCAACAGACAAGUUAUUGUUUACACCUACACAGCAUCUGAUAUGAUGCCACUCCCCAAGGAUGCCGACCUGGUCCCUGAGAAAGAUGAGUGUUUUACCAGACUCCUAUUGGAAAGGCCACAGGAGCAGAGGUUGUUAGCCAUCGAUAUGAGGCCUUGUAGACAACAUGCAUAUUUUUCCAACAAGUCCACAGAGUCAACUGAUAUCACUCAUUGUGUUGACUCCUGUGUAAAUUGAAAAGUGUUUUGUAGCAUGUUGUAAAUUGAAAAAUUAAAGAUUAGAUUUAUUCAAGUUAGA